ACAAGAUGGCGUUGAAAACAAGCAAUGUUAGCAAAAUCGCUUGAAAAUGCUUGAAAGAAACGGACUUAUUCACGGCUAAUUUUUGUUUCGUCUACAAAACCGACUUUACCUAGUUCCAAAGUUGAAGAAUAAAAAGCCAUGCCUAUCGGACCAUUUGGAGAGAUCCUUGGUACCACUGGUACCUUGGAGAGUUUGAGUGCGUCAGCCCAGGCCUACAAGAGUAAAGUUGUUGCACCAAGAAAUCCAAAAUUGUUGAAGAGUCGUGACUCGGAAUUUCAGAUGACUCCGUCCCGAUUUAUGUUCCAAAUGUCACUGGAUACCGACAAGAAACUUGCCAACACUCACCAGAUGAGACUUCCACAGAAAGUACAGCUCUUGGAUAUGGGAGAGACAACUCAUCAGAGGUUCUCGAACAUUGACAUCGAAGAACCAAUGUUCCAACCGUUUCCAUCGGAAAUCUUCUUCCAACGCUACAAACCAUUCGAAACCUACGAAGUGCCCCUACUGCUGAGGAACAAUGACAAGGUUCCACGUCUGGUCAAGGUCUCGCAUGCUGAGAGCCCGUAUUUCAAAAUCAUCAGUCCCCACGACGUUGGCCAUAAGGUUGGACCUGGGUUGCCAACCACAUUCAAACUUCAGUUUACACCAGAGGAAAAUAAGGACUACAACCAUGAGUUGCUGUGUAUCACUGAGAGGGAGAAGUUUGUUGUUCCCGUCAAGUGCAUUGGUGCGCGCGCUCUGUUAGACUUCCCCGACGAGGUUCAUUUCGCUGCAUCGCCAGUCAAGUACCCAUCGACAAAAACACUUCUGGUCCGAAAUGUUGGGAACAGGGAGGCAAAGUUCUCACUGACUGUGGAUAAGCCUUUCAAAGUGACCCCAGAGAAUGGUAUCUUGCCUAUCAACGAGAGUAUGCAGGUUACCGUCGAAUUCAAACCGACCACUGUCGGCGAUCACCAGAAAGAUCUUCUGCUUCAUUAUGACACUGGAGAUGACAUCUUCAUUAGCCUGUAUGGUGCUGGUCAGGAUGCGAAUGUGCGCCUCGAUAAAAAUUCCAUCAGGAUUGAGAAUACAUUCAUUACAAUGGCCAAUCAGAGAACGGUUACAAUCAGUAACCGUAGUAACGUCAUCGCACAUUUCAAAUGGACGCAGUUUGCUACACAAGAAGAAGAAGACCAGCAGAAGAGUUUGUACUUCACCAACUUGAAUAAGGAGGAGACAGUGGAAACAGACCGUUUUCUUGAGGAGUGUAUCAGUGAUCCAACACUCCGAGAUAAGAUGUCCAUCCUCAGUAGGACUUUCACAAACAAGAAAAGGAUCAUAACGAGUGAUAAGAUGUUAUUCACCGAUGACGUCAUCAAGAUUGACCCGCCUGAAGCAGACAUUUGGCCAAACUCAUCAAUCGAAUGCAACAUCAUCUUCCGUCCAGCAGAAGCGAAGACAUACCAGCGUACAGCAUUCUGUGAUGUCACUGGACGCGAGUCACGUCUGCCUUUACGUAUCCGUGGUGAUGGUAACGGUCCCCAGACUCAGUUCUCAUUCGAUGAAUUAGACAUGGGGAACAUCUUCAUCAACUCGACUCACAACUAUGAAGUUGUUCUGGCCAAUAAGGGCGAUAUCGAUGCUAUUUACACUGUCAUGCCAUCAAAGACAGUGUUUGGACCAAUGUUUACAUUCAACCCAGCUGAGGGCAUUGUGAUGCCCGAUGGACACCAAGCCAUACAGAUGACGUUCAAGAGUCCAGUGCUUGGGGAGUUCGAGGAGGAAUUUGAGUUCCAGAUUGAUGGUUCUCCGGAGAAUUCAAAGCUUUGCUUCAAGGGAUCAGUAAUUGGCCCAACCUUCCACUUUGAUACUCACAAACUGAAAUUUGGCCCUGUCUCAUAUGGCUUCAAGAACACCCAGUUCUGUACCCUUCACAACUCAUCCCUGGUACCGAUGACGUACACCCUCAGAAUCCCAGGUGAUGGUGACACGCCAAGUGUUGAGGCAACUGAUGACGAGGCCAUUGACAACUCCAUCCACAAUCCGAAAGAGUUUGAAAUCACGCCGAACACUGGGACCCUCCCUCCGCAGAGCAACAAGAAGAUUCAAAUUGAUUUUGUGUCAAACACUUUGAGGAAAUACGACACUGCGCUUGUCGUUGAUGUCAAAGGUGUUGGUGAUGAGAUCGUUUCGCUUCCCAUCAUUUCCCGGUGUGUCAUUCCAAACAUCACUGUGCUGACCCCGAUCCUGGAUUACGGAAGGUGCUUCUUGAAUCAUCCAUAUGAGCAGAAUGCCAAGCUGUCCAAUGAUUCUGACCUGCCGGCGAAAUAUGAAGUCAUACCACAAGUUGAUGAUGACUUGAUUCCUAUCAAAUUCUACAGUCCUCAACCGAAGGGCAUUAUCCCUCCCCACCAUGUCAUCGAGGUGCCGCUCGUCAUCACUCCAAAAGGCCUUGAAGAGUUGGAGGUGAUGAGCAGUAUUCAUAUCUUCGGCAGCAUUGAACAAGCGCUGCCUGUACAGAUCAGUUGUAUUGGAGAAGGACCCGUGGUGCACGUGGAACCUCUUGAGAUCAACUGGGGUCAGAUCCCUGUCCUGACGGACACCCCAGCUACGAUCUACCUCUCCAAUGAGUCGCUCAUCCCAGCAAAGUUCACCGCUCACAUGGUCAGGCCAAGCUCUGUUUGGACGGUCGAACCUCGCGAUGGAGAGAUUCCACCAGAGGAGGAGGCGACCCUUACAGUCACGGCAAGACUGGAUGACUGCGUCAGGUUCCAAGACAAACUCCAGAUCAACUUCCUCAACAGCCAGUCUCGUGUCAUACCACUGAUGGCGUAUGGUCACGGCACAACCAUUACUGCUAUCCCUCCUCUUGGACCAGUCCUUGAUUUGGGACCCCACUUUGGGAGCAACCCAUGUCGCAGGAAAUUCAUCUUGACAAACAGCGGCAGACGUCACCAACAGCUUGUCUGGAAUACGGAGGGUUACCCUCUGGUCAAGUCACGUCGCGAUCCUCUGCCAAUGAAUCCAAAAGAUGUCCGGUAUAAGCAGAUCCAGGCAAAUACAGCCCAGCCCAGCGGUCCCAUCUUCAGGCUGACACCCCAGCGCAUGGAGCUUCAACCCGGUGAAAGCAUUGAGGCGACUCUGGAAGGGUUUGUGGAUACGCCACAAGCUGUCAAAGAGCGUCUCCUAUGCCAUGCCAUCAUUGGUCGGGCUGGAGGGAAGGAAUUGAUCAAGAAAGUUGAUGUCAAAGUGGAAUUCAUCGCACCGUUGCUAGAGUUCUCCGACAAAUAUGUAUUCUUUAGAGUUGACGGGCAUCCUGGUGUGGAAUUGGAACUGCAGAUGAGGACUCUUGAGUUGACGAAUGUAUCCAGCCUCCCGCUGACCUCGCAACUCUCACUCAAAUACCCAUUCCAGAUUGUGCUCGAUGAUGGUGAGGAGGUGUCUGAGACGGAAGUGCAUCUUUCGAUAGGUCAGCAUGUCAGCGUAAGAAUUCAGUUCGACCCUGCAUACAAGGACGACCGCCACAUUCGUACGAUCGAUGAAGUUCUAACCGUCGCUUACAAAGAACAUCCCCAUAUUGACUACAUUGCCCUACGAGGUGAGGUCUAUUUCCCUAAUUUGGACUUCGAGAAAGCAGUUGUUGACUUUGGUUGUAUCUUGAAUGACACCGAGGUGACACGCUAUAUCAACAUCACCAAUAACAGCCCAAUGGAUGUCAAAUACCGCUGGUCUUUCCUGAUUGGGGAUGAGCCGUACGCCAUCUGGAAUCGCCGUCCAAAAGUUGUGGAAUUAAAAGACGAGGUGACAGCUUCUGAGGAUGAUUUGAUUCCUGUGCCACCACCAACGGAGGCGAGCCGUGAGGUGGAGGUGCUGAUUGAAGAGAUGCCGGAAGCUCGGGAAGACGAGGAGCUUGGUCAGGAAGUCAAGGAUGGCGAUGCAGACAUGUCUGUAGCCCAGGAUAGAGAGACUGAGAAGACAGAUGAAGCCUCCCGUGCUGUCAGCAAAGAGGAACUCAUCCUCAAUUUGGAUAAUGUUGAAAGUGAAAAAGAGAAAGAUGAGAAGGAGGAGACAGCAGAAGGAGAAGAGCAAGACCUUGAAGAGCCAGAAAAGGCAGAACAGGAGACACAGGGAACCGAGGAGAAGAAGUCCCCGCGUGAGUCUGCAAGGAGUGUAAAGGAGACGCCCAGGCCUGGCACAUCUGCAAGCAAACGACCAGCCAUUAAUGAUGUAUUGCAGUCACUGCUGGAACAGGACAGAGACCCUAGUCCUGUAGGCGUGGAAGAGGUCUUUGACAUUCUUCCUUUGUAUGGCCACCUGAAGCCAGGAGACACGGAACAGAUCACCUUGACCUUCUAUGGCCAUGCCGACAUCUGGAGCAAAGCGAAGGCGGUCUGUGAGGUGGAGGCAGGGCCAACAUAUGAGUUUGAGCUCAAAGGUGAAGCAUCCCUGGUUGAGUACAGAUUUGACGAGACAGAUAUCGACUAUGGAAAACAGAUGUAUGACGACAUUGCCACGGCUGAGAUCACCCUCCACAACCUGGGUAAAGUUGGCUUUGAGUUCACGGCUCUUGGUAUGGAUCCAACCCUUGAAGAGAAACCACGACCAGGGGUCCCUGUCAUGAUUCCUCACACUGGUCAUAUCGAGGCAAUGAGUCAACAAACUCUGACCAUCAAGUACUUGCCCGGCGUUCCUGAGAGAUUCCACCGCAGUUUCCAAGUCCAGGUUGCGCACUUUGAACCUGAUACAAUCAAUCUGUACGGAGAAGGUGUUUUCCCCAGGAUUUCUCUCGACCUGCCACGUAUCGGAGAUGAGGCGGGUCACUACAGCAGCCUGUUGAAGGAGGCAAGGGAGACGCUGUGUAAGGAUUCGAGGAAGGAGUGCACUGACAAGGAGGCGCAGGGAUCUCACAGAUUAGCAGAGGAGGGCAAACCUUGCAUUACCAUGACGCAAGAACAUGUUCCAUCAGAGCUUGAGAUUCAGAUGGAGGUUGAACGCCUGAUGGUGCAGGAGUUUGCCGUGGACCGGCAGCUGGGCAACAUGACCAACAGAAGUGAGGAGGUGCAAGAGGUUACAAAGUCUCAGGUGUCUGCUACUGAUCGAAGUCUGAAAAACGCAACAGACAGGAGCUCCAAGAAGGGUGCCAAGAAAUCUAAGAAACCAAAGCCAAGGCUUGCAGACUAUCAGCUCGAUUUCGGUUACGUCGUCCUCGGCACCGUCCGUACUCACAUCGUACGAGCAACAAACACUGGCAUGUUCCCUUGUUCUUUCUCCGUGGAUCGCGACAAUAUCCACCAUUGUGGAUUCAACGUUGAACUGGAUCGUGUACGUCAGCUUCCCGGAGCACCUGAUCACGAGACUGUCGACUUCGUCGUAAGCUUUGAUCCGAGGGGAGCGAACCUUUCACUAGGAUCGGUGGAAACGGAAGUGCCAGUCAAUAUUGUCGGUGGCCCCCAGGUGUGUAUGCGUCUCUCCGCCCACGUGACAAUGCCCGAUAUGGAGAUCUCAACGGACACGUUGGAAUUCGAGGAGGUGCGCUGCGGUGAAUGUAAAGUGGUGACUGUCCAGCUGCACAAUCAUAAACAUGUCCGCUGCGAGUGGUCUUCCAUAUCUGAUGACAAUAAUAAGAGGAAGAUUGACAAGACCAUUCCGAUGCAUCUCCGCCGUAAAAUGCGCCAAGAAAAACCCAAGCCCAAGACGUUCGAGAUGAUGCCUCCGACGGGUUACUUGAUGCCUGGACAGAGGGUUAACGUCCAGGUCAAGUUCAUGCCAACUGAAGAGAAAUUCUACGAGCAAAGAAUACCAAUCCGUCUGUCUCAAAGCAGUCAGCGUAUUCUUCUCCUGGCCCGAGGUCAAGGCCUGGAGCCGAGGUUGGAGAUGGACAAGAAUCUGGUGGAGUUUGGCCCGAUCUUGCCGCACAGUAGCGGCGAUGAGCAAGACGUAAUCGUCAGGAACCCCUGCUCGUUCCCGAUUGAGUUCUACAGUCUGGAAUGCGAUAAGGUUUAUUUGGAAGAGGAGAAGAUCUUGCGGUUGAUGAAGGGCUAUGAUGAACAUAAUACGAUUCUGUUGCCUCCCAGGCCACCGAUGGAGAAACUGCCUCUAGAGUUGCUGGAUUACUAUGAUGAGCAAAUGAAGAAGUUUGAAGAAGCAGAACGUGUGCGUCGUGAAGCAGAAGAGGCGGCUGAACAAGCGCGUCGUGAACAGGAGGAGGCGGAGCGUGAGGCUGCUGAAGCUGCCGCUGAAGCAGAAGACAAGGAUGGCGACCAAGCAACAGAAGAUGGGGCAGGCCUGGACGUGCCAAGGGUUAUUACGACAGGGCCAUCUAGGGAGACAACUCAUGUGGAGCCAGUUCCACUGCCGGAAGAUCGCGACGAAUGGGAUGGACUCGGAGAGGACGAUGAAGAUAAAUUCAAAGAUACGUCCAGCAGUGUUGGCGUUGGUGAACUGGAAAUCACUCCUGUAUCUGCUGCGAUUGCCCGUCAUCUAGGCAUCGACCUGUCGCCAGAAGGCAAAGCUGCCAGGAACAGACGCGGCAUUGCUAUCGUCGUGAACGGAGCACCAAUGGCGGGAAAAACUUCCACGGCGGUUCUGCUGGCAAAACGCUACGAGGCUGCUUUGUUGACAAUAGACGGCAUUGUACUGGAAGCGAUAUCAAAUGGUAACACGGCAUCUGGACUUCGCGCGCGUGAACUGUGCGCUGAGGCGGCCCGUCAUGCGGAGGAACUCAAGGCUGCAGAGGAAGGAGUUGAUGGGGAGAAGAAAGCCUCUGGUGGUCUCAGUAUGGAGGCUGUAGCUGCACAUACACAAGGACAAACCCUCCUGUCCGGCAUCAAUGCAGCACAUUCUGUUGCCCACAGCCUUGCCUCCAACCGCAAGACAAGCGUCAUCUCGGGUGAGAAGGGGAAAGACAAACAUCACGGGAGCAGUGUCGUGACUGGGAAGACAGCAGACAAGACAUCGACGUCUGCUGAGGGUGGAACUGGAAGCCAGGUCCCCAGCAGCCCUCCACCAUUGGUUGCACCAAUCGCUCGUCGGUUGAGCGUGAGCGCUAGCGUGGCCGGUGAAGAUGGUCUGAUGAGCACUAUACUUCCCGAAGAUGUUCUGGUUGAAAUCUUAGCUGAACGUUUACAGUUGAAUGACUGCCACCGUGGUGUGGUGUUCGACAGCUUGGAGACCCUCUUCAGCCCGAACAUGGUUGCGACAGCCGCAGCCAUCCUCAAGGCUCUCAACAACAGGAAGUACUUGUUCUUCAUCUCGUUGAAACUCGAUUACAACGUGCUCAAGGAAAGAGAGAAGAAACAACAAGAGGAAGAAGAACGCCUCGAGAAGGAACAGGAGGAAAAAGAGCGCCUGCGUCUUGAAGAAAUGUCGGAAGAUGAAUACGAUAAUUUGACGGAAGAUGAAAAGGCAAAUGUGGACAAGAAACGAUUGGAGAUAAAGAAGGAGAGGAUAAGAAGGGAACAAGAAGAGAGGCAGGAACGUGAGAGGCGUGAGCGUGAGGCGUUCGAAGCAGAACAGCGCCGCCUUGAGGAAGAAAAACUAAACAAGAAGAACCGUCGCAAGCAGCAGCAAGCUGAUAAAGAUGGCAAAGAUGGCAAGAAACCUGCUGGUAAAGAUAGUAAGGAGAAGAUACCUCCUCCCAAGAAAGAGGGCUCCAAGGUUCAUGACAGUGACCACAACGUCAACAAACCCUUGUCCACAGAUCGGCCAGAGUCGCACCAGACGGAGAAGAGUGAUAGUAUGCUUGACGCGGAGGGAAAGAAAAAGAAGGGCAAAGAUGGCAAGAGACCAAUCUCUAAUGAAGCCAAGGACCCUGCUGCCGUAUCUGGAGAGGAACCUGUCAGAGACCCAGUUAAAGAGGCCGAGCUACUUUUGAUGCAGAAGUUCCGUACAUUCGAACACGCCCAGAAAGAUAUUGUUGACCUGGUGACAUUCUGGGAUCGUACGUGUGGUGCCAUUCGUCGACCAACCACACCGUCGGAGCGCUCAGAGGCUGUGGAGGAAGCUCAUCCUCCAUCUGGGAAGAAGGGGAAGGGGAAGGAGAAGGGAGACAAACAUGAUAAGGAGAAGUUGAAGGAACAGCAGGAGCGCGAACGUGCGGAGAAAGAGAAAGCGGCCAAAGAGGCAGAGGCAGCAGCGAGUGAGGCUGGCAACCAGGAGGCUGAUGCAUCUGUUGAUGAGGGUGAGAAACAGGAUGAUGGUGUCGGUGUAUCGCAUAUCCUGUUGGACUGCAGCGAUGUCACCAUCCCAGCUGGGGCACAGAUCAUCGAGAUGGAGAGGUUACCUACGGUUGAAGAAGUCCUUGAUGGACUAGGUCUUGGUCCCCACGGCCCACCCAUUCCUCCACCAGCUUCGUUCGCUGUAGUUCCAUAUCCUGUCAAGAGGAGGGCGCCUCCAGGAGCAGAACCUGAUGGUCAUUACUUGUUUGUGGCGUCCUCGCCCGAUGAUCCAAAUGUCAAUACGGAGGACAGAAGCAAAGAUGCGGACAUGGAUGAAGAGAAGUCUGUGACCCCUGAUCGCGGCAAGGAUGACCACACGCCGACAAAAGGGCGCAAAGAGAAGCUGAAAAUCGAGGAUAAGAAGGAGAAGGAAAGGAAGCGCAGUGCUGGACAGAAACGUGGCACAAUUAAUAGGAGGAGUUCACUGAAUGUGUCUCCUCCACCUGGAGCCACCACACCGGGGUCAGAUGUAGACAACCAGAGUUCCAGCGGUCUAGACGGUCCGAUUACUGAUGGAAGGUGGCCAAAGUUGAACCAGUUCAGAUGGGUCAUCCCUGCUCAAGGUGAGGUCGUGUUACGUCUCCGGUUCCAAUCUGAAGAUCUUGGCCAGUUCGAUCAGACGUUGAACUUCGAGAUCAUGGGCACUAGGAGGCGCUACCAGCUCUAUUGCCGCGGUGUGUGUGCUUUCCCGACCAUCAGUAGGGAACCGAGGAUUGUGUUCCCGCAUCGCAAGAAGAACAAGCGCUCGGACGAUAUCGUCAUCAAGAAGUACAUCUUGACCACAGAAAGCUAUGAGUUUGGUCCACUCCUUGUGGGUAAAACAAGAGAAAAGUUUAAGGAAGGCAAGUUCCCUGAGAACCAGGAGAGGAUAACAGUGCUGAAUACAUCGCCCCUGGAUGCUGACAUCAACUUCUGCUUCCUCAAUGAUAGCAAGGCUGAGACCUACCUGUUAGAUCCGCCAAACAUGGUCCUCAAACCAGGAGAGCAACAGGAGCUCAACGUGUGGGCUUAUCCUAAAGUCCCCGGCCAGUAUGACGACGCAAUCGUGUGCUGCGUACGAGAGAACCCUGAACCAAUCAUUUUCAAGAUAACAUGCUCCGGCGUUCGUCCUGAACUCGAACUUGACAAGAAACAGCUUCAUUUCGACAAAGUUUUACUGCAUCGUAAAGACACCAAGACGAUUUACCUCCGCAACAGCACACUCCUUCCCGUCGCGUGGAAGAUCAGCGGAAUGGAAAGCUUAGGCGAUGAUUUCUCGGUAUCACAAGAUGCGGGUGUGAUCCAGCCAAGGACGGAGUUUGCCCUGAAUGCCCAUUUCCGAGCGAUGAAACCAAUCUCCACGAGCAAGAAGAGCAUUCGCCUUGAGGUGUCCGAUGUUGAGAACAUCAUGGGUCUUGUUCAGACGGAAAACAUUCAGGUGUUUGCAGAAGCGUACGACGUUGCCUUAGACAUGAGCUUCCCUAAGGGUGCAGAGGGCGGCAUUGACUUUGGUACAAUCCGUGUCAUGGAUGAAACCAAGCAGACGUGUACACUCAAAAACAAAGGCAAAUAUGAGAUCAGUUACAAUUUCACAUUUGAGUCAUGCGACCCGACAUGUCCUGACGUGACUAAGCUCUUCUCCAUCAUUCCACAACACGGCACCCUGACUCCCGUCGACCGACCAACUCAAGUCCAGAUCAUCUUCCGAUCGACUGAAGAGGUCAACAUCAAGGAUCUGCCGAUCUUGAAAUGCCAGGUGAUCGAGCCAAACAUCGCAGAGGGUGGCGAGACUAUUGCCAGCAUCCCGGUCAAGGUCACGGUGCGAUCAGUCUUCAGCAAGUACAGCAUCUAUCCUGUGAAUGACAUCAACUUUGGCCCGAUGUUGGUAAACAGUAAGAAACCAAGAAGUUUCCUGAUUGAAAACAAGGGAGAAUAUGACUUCAAGUAUACCAUUCAGAAACUGGUCAAAGCUGCUGAGGCACAGCAACAGAGGUCAAGGCCGCCGGUCAAGGGAGACAAGCGCACCAAGUCAAGAGACGGUUCAAGCUCGGGACGUUCCAUCGCUAAACCAAAACGUGCUGAAUCAAUCAGACAAGAGCUCGGUGCAGGUGGUGGUGGUGGUGGAGGUGGUGGGGGUGGACCCGCCCGCCUCGUGCUUGGCAUGUUCACCAUCUACCCAGCGUUUGGACAAGUCCUGCCCAACAAUCACCAGACGAUCAAUGUGGAAUGUGUUGCAGAAUCUGCUGGAAAGUGUGAAGAGGAAAUCGCCAUCGACAUUACCGAUCGUGACCCGAAGGACCACAAGGAAGGCAUUCCAUACAAGCUGAUCGCAGAAGCGUGUGUCCCGACCAUCAACAUCACUGACCUUGGCUCAAUCUUUGAAGAACACAGAGUCUGUAAAAACCUCAGCAUCUUCCAUCAUAACAAUGCGGUUGAAAGUGGUGGCAUCUAUGGAGAAGAUGAAAAUCGUUUCGUCUUCAGUAACGUGAUCGUGGGCAGCAAGGCCAAGGCACGGUUCAAGAUCACCAACAUGAAUAAGGUGCCAUGUGAUGUGCUGUUCAAUAUCAAACCAAUUCUCAGCAAGCAUAUGUCCAAGUCGCAGGAUAUCUACGAGGUGGAGCCCGCGCGUGCGCAGAUCGCAGCCCACAGCUACACGUAUGCCAGUGUCACAUUCACACCUCCUUCUAUGCAGCAAUUCAGUGCCAUCUUUGAGGCAGCGAUAGAUGGAGUUCCCCAGGCGCAAGCCAAGGGUCGUCACCUGACCUUUGAGAUCCAAGGAGAGGGCAACCUGCCCAGGAUCUCUAUUGCAAAGCCGUCUGUCCGCAACAGGAAGGGACAGCCGCUCUGUUUAUUCAGACGUCUGCUUCUUGGACGCACAGACACACAGCUGCUUGUGCUGGUCAAUGAUGGAACACUGGCGUGCAAGGUUGAUAUUGAUCUUCUUGACCCCGAUGAGGCCUACCAGCUCAAGCCAAGCAGUGGCACCAAUGCCAUCAUGAACACAGACAACACCCCAGAGGCCAAGAAGCGACCGCAUACAGCCAGUCUCAUCAUGGGCGUCGGUGAACAGGCCAACUUUGAUGUCGUCUUCAAACCAAAUCUACCACAACGAUCGCAAGCGCAUGUCAAAUUGACAGUCGUUAACAACCAGUAUGAAGAUUCGAUUGUACAGCUGGUUGGCGAGGGUUACGAGGACGAUAUAUCGUUGGAUAAUAUACACAGCCUGUUCACGGCGAGCGACCCAGAGAAACUGGAAGGGAACAUGGCGGAUGAGGAUGUUGAAGCUGCAAAGAACAACAGCGUCCAUUUUGGUGAUGUCCACAUUGGGGAACCACGUGUUCUAACGUUCUCCCUGUCCAACCAUUCUGUUGGAGAUUGCGUCAGAUUCCAGUGGCCGGAGCAUCCCGAGUUGAAAUUCUCACCCCAAACGGGCCACCUCCACGCUGGAUGCACAAAAGAUAUGACAGUCACUUUCAAAACCGAUGCCCCAAAGUCUCUGACUGAACAAAUCGUGCCGUGUAAAAUCACCAAGAUUACGUUCGAUAAACCUGUGAACCAGGUAGCUGAUUGGGACGACAGGAUGAGGACAGUGAAGUGGGUAGAUGUUAGUCAGGUUUCGGCAGCAACAUCUGAUGGAUCUGUGAAGCCGAAUACCCCAGCAACUCCAGCUAAUUUGAGACCAGCAAAGAAGAAAGUGGUGGAAACAGAGCCAGAGCCAGCCUUCCAAGAGAUGGCUGAGAGCCAGAGAACGAUUGACCUUCUUGUCUCGGCCACCGCCGAUUUCUCCUCAUACAAGUGUAAAGUUGAGAGCAUCAAGUUCAAGGAUACACUCAUGUUCCAGACAAGAGUUUUUGAGCUGAACCUGAGCAACAAAGGCAACACUGCCAUGGACUACAACUGGCAGGUCGUAAUGGAGGAUGUGCCGCAGCAGAACCGCUCCGUAACGUUUGCCGAGAACGAGCGUCCAUCAUCCCAGGCUAGCUCUAUCUUGAGUUGUGUCAGUGAUACAGGGGUUGUGCCGUUCUCUAUCGAGCCCGAGAGUGGCUCGAUUUCGCCAGGAAAGAAGUCUUCAUUUACAGUCAAGUUCUCACCACUCGAUGUCCAUGAAUUUGAAGGUCGAUUGAUCUGCAGGAUUCCGAAUCUUGAGGAGGGAAAGCAAGGUCCAGUCAUCAGCGUCAAGGGGCAGAGUCUUCUGCCUUAUUGUCACUUUGAGCUUGAAGACUCCGACUACAUCAGCGGUGCACGGCGAAACCCAGAGCUGCGUGGACCACGCGGCGCUCCUCCUGGUGCCACCUUGGAUCAGAAUACACGAGUCAUUGAGUUCAACUCGAUUGGAGUAUCAGUCAAGAACACCAGGUUCUUCUCCAUAGUCAACCCGACCAACCAAACCUAUGACUUCAUGUGGGUGAAUGAGGAUGAUCCAGACCCAAAGAUUGUCUCAGUUUUCAAGUGCCUCACGAUGAAGGGAUGUGUGCGCAGUGGCAAGAAACAUGACAUCGGAUUUGAAUUCCUGCCAAAUGAACUCGGCAUUGUGGAAUCGUUCUGGAGAUUCAUCAUUCCAGAGCAGAACAUUUCGAUUCCCUUCGUCCUCGUCGGCGACACCAAAGAACCAAGUGUUUCACUUGACCGAUCCCAUUUCAAUUUCAAAUCACUGCUCAUUGGUCACGAAGCGAAGGAGAUGGUCCAUGUGAUGAAUAAUGAGGACCUGCCGUUCCACUUCUCUUUUCUGGAGUCCUCCUGCUACAGUGCCGGACAUGCAGCACAUCUACAAGUUGAGCCUAUGAGUGGGAUCGUACCCCCUAAGUCAAUGUUCCCUGUGAACUUAUACUUCAUCCCGCGCACUGACAAAGAAGUGAACUUCAACCUGAUCUGCAACGUCAAGCGCAAGACGCUACCUCUAACUCUAAACGUCAAGGCAGAGGGCUACACAAUGAGCUGUACUGUCCUGUGUGAGGAUUCCCAGGGAAGCCGAGUUGAGCUCUCGGACAGUGGACUCAAUGAGAUCAACUAUGGACAGAUUGAAGUGAAUGAACAUUCAAUGAGAAACAUCUUCAUCGUCAACAAUGGAAAGUUUAACUUUGAUUACGAGUGGGAAGUCCAGGAGAUAGGCUCGAAGAAGAUGGUGUCGAUCAGCCCAGGGAAGGGAGCCGUCAACCAAGGGGAGAGGCAGAAGUGUGUGAUGUCGUUCUGUCCACCGUGUAAGACAGCCCUGAGAGGCUGUCAGUUGAUCCUAAGGAUCUCGAACGGCCCCACCUAUGUCUUGAAUAUCCUUGGAAAUGGUGUCGUCCCUGGCCUUCACUUCUCCUUCCAACAGUAUAACUUUGGUGCAUGUUUCAUCCAUCGCGCGGGCAUGCCAACACACUCCACGCAGCUCAUCAUAACAAAUAAGGACAAGAAAGAAGUCAGCGUUGACUGUCUGUACCAAGAAACUCAGUUCCUGCAUCACGAUUUUGAAGCCAGUGUCAUCGCACCGGGGGAGUCUGCGGCAGUCAAUCUCAGUUUCUUUCCACGCGAGGCUAAGAAAUAUCACGAGAAAGUUGAAUUUGAGAUUAACGGCCUCUCGAAACAAGUUGUCGAGAUCAUGGGUUCUGGUACUGAGAUGAGAGUCGAGGUCGCGAACCCCAAGCAGAAAAUCACAAACUUUGGUGCCCUUAGAAUUGAUCAUGUUGUCAAGAAGAUUGUCCCGAUUGUCAACAAUAGUCCUGCACCGAUCAGCUUCCAUUUGGCGGUGACGCCAUCCGAUCCGUUGUUGCAGCAGCCAGGCGUGCUGAUACUGAGCCCGACGUCUGAGAUCACGCUGGCACCACGAGGAGGCACGAGGAAGGUAGAGGUGGCAUUCGCUCCCAAGUCACGGGUGCCCCAGUUCACUGAAGAGGUGAUGAUGGAAUGUGCUGGGCUGUACCAACCACUGUUCGUACUGUCUGGCAGCUGCCAGGGUAUCGAGAUAACCUUGGAUGCCGAUGCUAUCCCAUUCGGAGCAGUGAUUCAGAAGAGCCAGAGCACGCGUAGUGUUGUCAUGAGCAACUCGGGCGAUAUUGGAGCAAGGUUUAAUUGGGACAUCGCCAAGUUUGCUCCUGACUUCAGCAUCAGUCCUGUCGAAGGGUACAUCUCUCCGGGGAUGGAAGUCCCAUUCGAGAUAGCAUUCCAUCCACAAGAACAGAACCAGGACAUCAGAUACGAGGGUCUUCGAUGCCGCGUUGAAGGUGGCAAGCCGUUGAAGCUAACGCUAACCGGGAUGUGUACCGGCGUUGCCCCGCUGAAGGAAGUCCAGCACUUCACGACGCACGUCCGACAGAAAGAGACCAAGAAUCUCAUGAUUAUCAAUCGUACGAAUCAAGUGUGGAAACUGAAACCGAAGAUCGACGGGGAAUUCUGGACAGGUUCUGAUACCAUUGUUGUUGAGCCACAGCAGACGAAACCGUAUGAACUGGCCUACAAGCCACUUGUGAUGACACAGGAUAAUAAAAAACACACUGGGACGGUCUUCUUCCCUCUUCCUGAUGGUACAGGUCUGCUCUACCAGCUCCAGGGGACGUCGGAGCCGCCAAGACCCAACGGUAGAAUAAGCCGUGACGUCCCAUGUAAAACACAAUAUACAGAAAUGCUGACCAUUAGCAACUGGUUGAAGAAACCACAAAGAUUCAAGAUCAAGUUUGAGAUGAUGAAGCCAGACAAACUCGACCCCGGCACGACUCUGAAAGGUCUUGACUACAUCGAUGUGCCAGGAAAUGCCAAGCGAGAUUAUAAACUGACAUUCAAUGCUCACAAGGAAGGACUCUCGCAGGUCAAGGUCAUUUUCACCAAUGAGCAAACCAGUGAAUACCAGUACUAUGAAGUGACCUUCAAAUCCAUCCGUCCAGGCAUCCUGGGCACCAUUGAUCUCAGCACGCCUGUCAGGCAAACGAUCCAGCACACGUUAUUCCUGGAGAACCCUCUUCCGCAAGCUGUCACUUUCCAAACGUCAUGUAACGUCGCUGAGGUGAUGAUGCCGAGUUCAUUACAAGUUCCAGCACAUUCGGAGAAUGCAUUUAACCUCGAGUAUCUCCCACUCAAAGUCGGCGAGACCCAAGGAAGGCUGGAGUUCAACUGCAACGAGCUUGGUCUCUACAUGUAUGACAUGAACCUGAAGGCCACACUAGCAGGACCUGAGCGAGCUCUCUACUUCAGGGUCAACCUUGGCAGUUCACAGGUCCAGAGCGCCAAGUUCCUCAACUUUUCCAAAGUGAAGACGGAUUACACAUGCAAGUGUGAAAAUGGUGACUUUCAUGUUGACAAGACAAUUGCCGCAGCCCCUGGCUCGAUAACUGGCACAGAGGUAGCAGUCGAAGUGACGUACGAACCAUCCCGUCUCGGAGAAUCACGUGGCAGUCUCGUAAUCAGCUCGAACACCGGAGGAGAAUACACUGUCCCAUUAUUUGGCACUUGUAUGGCGCCUAAACCCCAAGGACCGUACACAGUGAAAGCAGGUGGCAACACGUCCAUUACAUUCCGUAACAUCUUCUCUCACACAACUGCUUUCUCAUUCCAAGUUGAUAACCCAGCAUUCCACUUGGUCAAGACAGGUGACAACAUUCGGUCUCGUAAAGACCACAGGAUUGUUGUUGGUUUUGAUGGGACUGACACUGGUUCCAAGUCGGUCGUGAUGGGGAAGCUUACCAUCACCUGUGCCAAGUCGGCUGGUGGAACCUCAAGUAUGCAGUGGGUGUAUUACCUGAAAGGGAUCACACCUUAGAUUUGUAAUGAUUGGCACUGAACUUUUGUGACAAAACUGAAAAUAUUUGGAGGGGAAUUUGACACAGUAAUAUUUAGCCUCGAAGAUGCUCUAGACACUAAAAUCUGUGCACUGUGUAGCAGUACGGGGAUGUCAUAAUCCAAUAAAGGCUGAUAAAUAACAUCACUUCUGUGAUGCCUGUUUUACAGUGCAGGCGCUGCCAGCUUUGCAACGUCUCCUGACUGGAUGUACAGCAUCUUUCUGCACCAUUCGGUUUGGUGUUUUGAUACUGAUGUCAUGUUUCCUUAAGUGUUAAAUGGACAUUUAUUGAAAAUUAUUGUUGAAUUGCUGAAUCAUUUGCCAGUUUAAAUGUAUACAUGCUAUCUGCACAAGAGAAGGAACACACCCCAGUGAAAGUUAACCAUAUGAGUUCCAUUCCAUCCAGUUUUCUUUGUAUUGUAGGUCUAGUUUCAUUUCUUUCCUCCAGUUUUUUGUUGGAACCUAACUGCUCUGUGUAUAUAUUUACAAGCCUUAUGACCGUCCUAGAUAAUCAUUAUUUAUUGGCAAAUUUUGUUGAUUUCCGUCCAAUUAUUUUCUUGUAAAUACAAAUAGCCACGAAGCACAUUUAUGAUAGCUUGAUUUAAAAGUUUGUAUUUUAAUGAAAUUUUAUUGUAUAAAAAGUGAACUUUGGUUUGAGAAAAGGCUGUAUUGUGAUAUCAUGUUUUUUGGAAAAAUAAUAAAUACUUGUAAAUGAUUUAA